CUAGGAGUCAACGCACGAUGUCGCUCUGCCCCGAGUGGGGUAGAAGGGGCGGGGCCAAGGGCGGGGCUUGGGACCCCUAGGUGGGGGCGGGGUCUUGCUCCUGGGCAGGCCUCUGCUGGCAUGGGCUCUAAGUGCCGGGCACUGACCACAGCAGGCAGCGAAGGGUCAGGCAAGCCUUGAAGAAGGUGAGGUCUGGAGGUCGAAACCCAGGUCAGGAGGAGACAAAGGUUAAACGGCCUGAGAGAUGCCCGGCAAACAGUCAGAUGAGGAACAGGUGGCGGCGGGGGCUGCAGAGAAUGGAACUGAGGAGGACCUGGGGGGCCUCACAGCAGAGGAGCUCCGGCAGGGCCAGGAGGCAGCCCUGGCGCUGGAGGACAUGAUGGCACUUAGCACCCAGACCCUGGUGCGAGCCGAAGUGGAUGAGCUCUACCAGCAAGUGCGACCCCUAGGCCAGGGCCGCUUUGGCCGGGUCCUGUUGGUCAACCACCGUCAGAAAGGCACGCCCAUGGCCCUGAAGCAGCUCCCGAAGGCCUCCACUUCCCUCCGCGCCUUCCUCUAUGAGUUCUGUGUGGGCCUCUCGCUGGGCACGCAUCCGGCCAUCGUAGCGGCCUACGGCAUUGGCAUCGAGUCAGCCAACUCCUACAGCUUCUUGACGGAGCCUGUCCUGCAUGGGGACCUCAUCGCCUUCAUCCAGCCCAAGGUGGGCCUCCCGCAGGCAGCAGCCCAGCGCUGCGCAGCCCAGCUGGCCUCGGCCCUGGAGCACAUUCACUCACACGGCCUGGUGUACCGGGACCUCAAGCCGGAGAACGUGCUGGUGUGCGACCUGGCCUGCCAGCAGGUCAAGCUGACCGACUUCGGCCACACGCGGCCCCGUGGGACUCUGCUCCGCCUAGCCGGGCCACCCAUCCCCUACACGGCCCCGGAGCUCUGCGGCCCCCCGCCCCUCCCCGAGGGCCUGCCCAUCCAGCCCGCCCUGGACGCCUGGGCUCUGGGCGUCCUGCUCUUCUGCCUUCUCACCGGCUACUUUCCCUGGGACCAGCCCCUGGCCGAGGCCGACCCCUUCUAUGAGGACUUCGUCAUCUGGCAGGCCUCGGGCCAGCCUGAGGACAGGCCACAGCCCUGGCGCGGCCUGACGCCCGUGGCCGACACUCUGCUCUGGGGGCUGCUGGACCCUCAGCCCCGAAAGAGGAGCCCUGUGAGCUCCGUGCGGGGCUACCUGGGGCGGCCCUGGCGGCAGCGUGAGGGGGAGGCAGAGGAGGUGUACACCGGGGACGAAGAGGACAGAGAGUGAGGAGGCCGGGCCGGCCCAGGCCCACUCGCCCAGGAGACUCGCAAGGGGAGCCGGGGCCACAUCCUGAGGCCUCCUCGGUGCUCACAUGGUGGCUUUUGGCCUCUUUCUGCCUAUUUUCAUCUCUGUUUCAUUAUUUCCCCCUUUUCGUCUUGGGUGUCUCCCAGUCAGUGGACUGUCUCCCUCCCUUGGGCUGUGAGGCCACUGGGAACUGGGUGGCUACCCCACUGUCCCCUCCUCCCCAGGGCCCCUGCCUGCAGUCUCUUGGCUCCUUCCCUCACCUCCUGUGGACCCUACUCCUCAGCCGCCCCCCUGGCACCCCAACCACCUGGGCUCUCCUCUCCCUUCCUCGGGGUCACUCCCUCUCUGCCCGCUGCGCAGUUUAUUCAGCGGGGUCAUUUUGCGGGUCCUGCAGGAAUGUGAGCUUGUGGGGGCAGCGUCCCGGCCUGUCCUCUUCUCUGACGAGUCCUCCCUCCGUGGCUGAGCCACCCCGGCCCUGAGUGGGUGGUCAGUAAAUGCUUGUUCAGUAGCCCAGCCCAGCUGGUUUUGCGCCGCCUCCCUCCGCAUCCCUCCUCCUCUUCUCUCUUGCUGGGUGCCACUCGCCCCCUCUACCCUUUCUCUUCCUCCCACAUGCUGGGCCACCGCCCUCUUGAUAAUGUGCUUUCUCUUCUCUCAGCCCGGCCGUUCUCUGCAAAUAAAGUCCGUCUGGCACUGA